GAGCAUCCAUCCCACCCUCGAGCAUACGAUACGAUCAACUCCACAAAUCUGCCCGCCUCGCCGCUCGCCGCUCGCGACUCGGGACUACAUCUAAUCUUGAAUCUCGCCCCUACGACCGCCCACGCGACCGCGAUCGCUCUCACGCCUCCCGAUGAAGUUGAUUUCGCGACACAUUGAGCGCGAUGGCUCGGGCAGGGUCACCAUCGUGCCAGAGGAAGACGAGGACAUGUAUCAUCUGUACAACCUCGUCGAAGUGGGCGACAAUGUGCGGGCUGCAGCGGUGCGGAGGGUGCAAUCGGAGAGCAAUACCGGAUCCAUCGAGAGUCAUCGAAUCAGGACGACGCUGACGUUGAGGGUGGAGAAGCUGCAGUUCGAUGCGUCUGGCAGCAGCGCAGCCGUCGUAGAUCCAGGAGCAGCGUCGGGUGGUGCGGGUGGUAGCGGGGCGAAUUCAGGAACAGUCACUCCGUCAGGCGACGCUGCGCCAGGAUUAUCGGCGCUCGGUGGCUCGUCUGGUCAGGGUGCGACGCUUAGCGUGAGCGGACGAGUGGUGGAGGAGAACAAGCACGUCAAGAUGGGCGCUUUCCAUACGCUCGACAUUGAAUGCGGUAGGUCUGUAGGCAUAGACAAGCAAAGAUGGGAUAGCGUGCAUCUCGAACGGCUACAAGAGGCGGGCGAUGCCAACAAUCGAGCGGAAGUGGGUGCAGUGGUGAUGGGCGAAGGCACGGCAGUGGUGUGCUUGCUCACCUCUUCGAUGACGCUGGUCAGGCAGCGCAUCGAUGUGGCGCUACCCAGAAAGCACAAAUCGCUCGCAGCUUCGGCGCACGAAAAGGCUGUGCUAAAAUUCCAUCAGCAGGUCUACACUGCCGUGACGAGAUUGCUGGGCUUGCCGGCGAUACGCCUCAUCAUCCUCGCAAGUCCCGGCUUCACAAAGGAUACCGUGUACGACUAUCUGUUUGCCGAGGCGACGAGGAGGGGCGACAAGCUGUUGACGGGCAACGAGGUCAAACGAAAGUUUUUGAGGGUGGCGUGUGCCAGCCCUCAUAUUCACAGCUUGAUGGAGGUGCUCAGAACGCCAGAGGUCUCGUCGCAACUGUCAGACACCAAAUUCGCCCGCGAAGGUCAAUUGCUGGACAAAUUUCAACGGACAUUGGCAUCGGACGAGCUUCGAGCGUGGUACGGAGAAGAGCACGUCAUGCUGGCAGCGUCAAGAGGCGCCAUUGGCUCCUUGCUGAUCUCUGAUGGACUCUUUAGAUCUCCUGAUCCAGCGCGGCGCAAAACGUUUGUGCAGCUAGUGGAGGAUGUCAGAUCGGCUGGCGGCGAGGCAGUCAUCUUGUCCGGACUGCACGAGAGCGGCAAGACGCUGAAUGGGCUGACGGGCAUCGCUGCCAUCUUGCGCUUUCCUUUGGACAUUGAAGUGGUCGAGGAGGAAGAGGGAGGGGAAGCGCGGGCGCGGGCGCGGGCAGAGACCGAAGAGAGGUGACGAGGCGCAGAGCGAACUUUG